AUGAAAUUUAAUUCCAAGAAAAACGCUAUCAUAGGAAUCAUAUUAUUUUGUAUUUACAUCAUUGUGGAUCUAUUUAUUGAUGAGAUUUUACUUUAAUAUACAUACAAAUUGAUCUUUUCUAUUAAGAAUCCAUUAUUUAUUGAGUUUAGCUAUCUAAUUAAAACAACAUCAUUAUUGCUAUGUGAAAUCAUAUUUCUAUACCUUUAUUUGAGUUUUAAUAAGAAAUUAGAUGUGCUUUUGUUGAUUUUAUUUAGUUGUGUUUUAACAGGAACACAUGCUUUUCUAAAAGAAAUCUAUAAUUAAGGCAGACCCUACAUGUUCAAUUCAGAUGUUUAAACGUAAUCUCUCUUUCUAUUAUAGUUUAGAAUGCAUUGCAGAAUUAGGCAAACCAUCAGGUCAUGCAAUUUGUAUUGUUUCUUAUAUGAUAUCCCUCUAUUAGGCUGAUCGUUUUGAAAAUGAAGAAGAAAUGAAGCUACCACUUUUUAAAUCAAUUCUUUAUACAAUAAUAGCUUUGAUUGUUUGUUUAUCUAGAAUAAUAUUAGGAGUACAUUCUAUAGGAUAAGUAAUUUAUGGUAUCAUAUUUACAUUAUGUAUGUAUAUGAUUUAUUUGAAUAUUGUACAUCAAUAAAUAAAGAAGUAAUUAUUCUAUUAAUAUAAUUCAGAUUCAUUCAUAAACAUAUCAAAUAUUAAAGUCAUAAAUUAACUAUAUUUACAGCAGUAUUAUUUUUAGUAUUUUUAACACUAUCUUUAUCAGCUGAUUUCUAUUCUCGUAAUUACUUUGCUUAAUAACCUGAUUUAUAUUAUAAAUAUAUAGAUGCUGUUUAAGAAUGUAGGGUAAGGAAUGGAUUAGAAAAAUUAAAUGAUGAAAGUGGAUUCAUUCUUUAGAGAUCAACUUCUCAUUCCUAUGGUUAUUAUUUUAUUAUCAUAGGAGCAUUAUUGGGUAAGCAAAAGAGAACUAUUGAUUAGGACUGGUUAUAUUUAGAGGUGUUUAUGAAGAAGGAUUAUAUGAAGUUCAAUCUAAAUUCAGAACUAGAUUGACUCUUUUUAUUAGAAUUAUGAUAUUUUACUUAAUGAUAUUUUCAGUUUAAUAUGGAAUGGAAUAUUUUGAACCAAAAUAAUAUGAAUCAUAUCUUGUAAUGAUAGUGGUUGGACAUAUAAUAUUAGGAUUAUGUGUAACAUUAAUCUAUCCAAUAUUAAUGUAUUUUUUAGGAUUAGAAAUAUAUGGAAGUAUGUAAUGUGUAAAUAAGUCUACUUUAUUUAUUGAUUAUUCACAUAUAUGGGAAUCAGAUAGUAUCAUUUAAGAAUGA